GUUUCUUGCCGUCAGAUCACUGAAAUCUUUCCAACCAGUCCACGACCCGACAGAUAUUCCCCUGUCCCUUGUCGUGAGAAUCCUGUCUUUCGCUACCGAUCACACGGCCAUUCUUGGGUCUCCGGAGGUGGGGUCGAGGGAAGGAGUGAUUUGAGGAACAAAAGAAAGCCACCCCGCGAUGACGGCGUGGCCCAAGCCCGUCUCCGCGGCGGCGGUCGAGGUCAAAAUAGAACGGCUCGACGGCGACGCGUUUGCGCCGUUCGGGACGGUGAUCCAGAACCCGGCGCGCGCCGAGCGCCGCGCGUCGUCCACGCUCCGGCUGAACGUCGUCGAGGCCAACCAGGGCUCCGCGCUCAAGUACGUCGACGUGUCGCACCUGACGAACCACUACGGGUCAGCGCCCAGCGGGAGGCCGGCGCGGCCGGUCGUGAACAUGUUCGUGUGCAAGCCGCGCCCGCUGCGUGCGAGGCGGUGGCCUGGCGCCGGCGAGGCCGACCACGUGUUUGACGUGCGGGUUCUGGAGAGGCAUCCCUUCACGCCGCAGACGUUUGUGCCCGUUGGCCUUGCGGCCGCGGAUCCGAAGACGAAGUACCUGGUUGUGGUGGCGCCGACGCUGCCGGACGUGCAGCAGGCGGCGACCGGCGUCGCCAGCGGUUUGCGCAAGCCUCGGCCGGCACGGCCAUCUCAUCCAACGACGCAGCUGUCGGACGCAGAAGCCUUGGCCCCGAAGCCCAAGGGCCAAGGCCUGCCAGACCUGAGCAAGCUUCGUGCCUUCCUUGCGGACGGAAGCCAGGCUGUCACGUAUGGGCCUGGAACGUGGCAUGCGCCCAUGGUCGUCCUCGGCGAGGAGCCUGUUGACUUUGUCGUGGUGCAGUUCGCAAAUGGCGUGGGCGACGAGGACUGCCAGGAGGUCUUGCUGCAGAGCGAGGGUGGCAAGGGCGUCGAGGUGGUGGUAGAGAUGACACCGGAUAGCCCUCAACUGGUGAGAUCAAAGUUGUAGCAGGACGGAAGGCCAAAAUACGGGGGAAGAAAAUAGAAGAAUGGGGCAUGUGGAAGAUUCAAUAUCUUGUCUUGGGACAGUUCAAUAUAUCAAGAAAAGGACUGAAACGAAGCAACUUUUUUGGAAUGCGUUAUGAUUGAUUAUCUGUACAUACUCGCCCAACCCACUGCAAUUUUAUCUCACAGUGCCCGCAGAACCUCAUCAAUCCAGGCCAAACGCACAGCGCUACAGCCCCUUG